GAGGGACGCGGGAGGCGGUCCGAGCCCGCCCGGGCCCGGCCCCCGCCCCAAGCGCCGCCGCUGACGGUCGGAGAGGGCCGCGCCGCGGAAAUCGCGGCGGAGGGUGAGGGGCUGUCGCUUUAGCACGGCCCGCGCCCGCUCAGCGGCAGGACGGCAGCGACGGCCGCCGCGUUCCCGAGAUUCCAUGGCGGGGCCCGCGCCCCGGGGGCGCCUCUCGCCGUUGCUGCUGCUGCCGGUGCUGCUGAUGCCGUCGGUGCCCGCCGCUGCUUCCCCAGCCCCGGAGGGUCCGUCGUGCCAGGGCGCGUUCGACAUGUACUUCGUGCUGGACAAGUCUGGGAGUGUAGCACAGAACUGGCAUGAAAUAUUUGAUUUCGUAAAUCAGCUGACAGAAAGAUUUGUGAGCCCCAAGAUGAGAUUAUCAUUUAUCGUGUUUUCCACCCAGGCACACGUCAUUAUGCCAUUAACUGGAGACAGGGAGAGAAUCAAGAAAGGUCUUAAGGAUUUGGAGGAGGUAAAACCAGCAGGUGACACAUACAUACAUGAAGGUUUAAAACAGGCCAACAUGCAAAUUGCAAAGCAAGGAGCCUCAAGGUUUUCUAGUAUCAUCAUUGCACUGACAGAUGGCAAGCUAGAUGGUCUGAUUCCCUUGCAUGCAGAGAAAGAGGCAAAGAAAUCCAGAGAGCUGGGAGCUAGAGUUUACUGUGUUGGCGUCCUUGAUUUCAUACAAGAACAGCUUGAAAAGAUUGCUGACACAAAAGAGCAAGUCUUCCCUGUCACUGGAGGAUUCCAGGCACUCAAAGGGAUAAUCAAUUCUGUUUUGAAGCAGUCAUGCACUGAGAUUUUAUAUUUGGAGCCAUCCAGUGUCUGUGUAGGAGAGGAAUUUCAGGUUGUUCUUAGAGGAAGUGGCUUAACUCUUGGAGGCAAAACUGAUGGCAUUAGUUGUACCUAUCAAGUGAAUGGAACUACAAUUUAUGAAAGACCAAAAACUGUGGAAUCUGAUUUUUUGCUCUGCCCUGCACCAAUCCUGUACAAAAGUGGGCAAACUCUGGAAGUGUUGGUGAGUUUGAGUGAAGGGCAAUCUUUCAUGUCCAGCUCAUUAACAAUCACAGCUUCAGAGUGUUCUAGUGGAGUAGCAGCUCUUGUUGCUGUUCUUGUGUUGUUACUGUUAGUGGCACUCGCUCUGCUCUGGUGGUUCUGGCCCCUCUGCUGCAAAGUGGUCAUCAAAGAUCCCCCUCCGUCUCCACCAGCUCCCAGAGAGGAAGAAGAACAAGAGCCCUUGCCUACCAAGAAAUGGCCCACAGUAGAUGCUUCUUACUAUGGUGGACGAGGAGUUGGAGGAAUUAAAAGGAUGGAGGUUCGCUGGGGUGAUAAAGGAUCCACUGAAGAAGGGGCUAGAUUAGAAAAAGCAAAAAAUGCUGUGGUGAAACUCCCAGAAGAACCAGAAGAACCUUUUUAUCCAAAGCCACCUAGACCAAAGCCUACCUCACCAGCCAUUCAGGAGAAGUGGUAUACGCCAAUUAAGGGUCGACUCGAUGCACUGUGGGCACUGUUACGAAGACAGUAUGACAGAGUCUCUUUGAUGCGACCACAGCAAGGAGAUGAGGGCCGAUGUAUCAACUUCACCCGAGUUCAGUCUCAGUAGAGGAGGAGAAGAAGGUGUCUGGAGGAAAGAUGGCCACAUUGCCACUUUUCAACUGAGCAGAGAGAACUAAGCAUUUGCUCACCACAUUCCUUGGACCACCUUCAAGCCCAACCCAUAACACUUCCAUGUUCCCCAUGCAGGAGCUGGCAUCACUGUACAAGCUCCUGCACUUCACCCCAGCAUGUCGAUGCUCUGUGACUGGCAAGUGCCAAGCAAUGAAGCCUUGACUUGCAAUGCCCAUGCUUCUCCAGAACACACAAGGGAGGGAACACAGACACCAAGAUGAUCAUGUUUUUCUAGUUUUGGUAUUUUAUGUUUUUUUUCUUAAGGACUACAUAUUCUCAGGAUGCAAUGUGCUUUUAGCAAUGAUGCUGAGUUUCUCCAGUGCAGAGAAGGCACGUGGUAUUUAAACAGGGACUACUAGCUAAGGGCAGGGUUAAAACCUCCUACCAGGCUAAGCAAGAGCUGAGUGCCUCACAGCCAUGUCAGAUCACAAACCCUUGCGAGCGAGUCUCCAUCGCAUUGUGCCUUACAGGAACCUUCUGACUGGAAAUCUUGUCACUCUAACACUGAAAAGUGCACACGCAUGACAAAAGUAGACAGGGUGCCUCGAGGUAUUGGUAGCAAGCAAGACUUUGCCCUUUAGUUUUUGAAGACACCUUUCUUUCAUUAUGCACCCGGGACAGGGAGAAAAUUAAUAGAGCGUUAUUCCAUGGGAAGACAGCCUGUAACCAGGGAUCUUGAGCGCAGUUUGAGGGACUGAUGCUUCAAGACCUUGACACUGGGGCUGGUGGUUUUUCCCCCCUUUCCUGCAUUCACAGUUCAGUAGCGCAUAAAACAUCAUCAUCUAUAAACGUACCUAGCAGUCCUAGAGCUUAGCUGUUUUUAAUCUUUUCUUAGAUUAAAAAAAGCAGUAGCCACUAAACUGGUAUCUCAGGGUUCUCUCCCCACCCCCAAAUCUCCAAGGGCUCUUCAGCGACACAAGCCAGCAACUCUCUUUGCAUGAGAAUUUCAAAGUUUAAUUAAUAUAAUUAAAGGCAACAGCAAGCAGCAGCCUGUGAAGAUUUUGCUCAUCUUUUUUAUGCCUUUUGACAUUGAAUGACCUAUUACUGUAUGUGCAUUACUGGGUUUUCAAGGGGGCACUGAGCACUGGUUAGGAUUCAGCAGUGGAAAAAAGACCUUCUUCCAUCAAUGGAGAAAUUAAAUGUAGGGGAUGCCGGCUAUCAGAAACCAUUGACAAUGUAUGUAUUCUAAUUUUUUAGAAAAACCAGUGUCGUGUCACGUCGACGAUGCCAAAUUAUGUUAGAGUGAGCGGAAACACUGUGGGGGAGGAAGGAGGGAGCAGCUGAAGAAAAAGGCUCAAAUGAUCCAGUCACUUUCGAUACUGUACUUCAGAUGCAGAAUGGAUAUUCGAGUCGAAACCUGACAAAGCGCGCCCGCUUUGAUGGGAACUGGUAUAGACAAUGACCAGUGGCUGGGUCAGUGGGAUGUCUCUCUGUGAGCAGGGAGGCUUAUCAAAUGACACUAAAAAUAAGUUCAGCAACCGUCACGUUGGAGGGGAAAAGGCGAACAUUUCACAUUUGGUGGGCACAAAUGCACGCAAGAUGGAAAGAGCAAUGUGAAGCAUCGUGGUCUAAUUUUCUCCUUUGUGCUACUCUUUGGAAUUGCAAGGGACAGAAAUAAGUCUCUUGGUUGAUGUCCGAAUUUGUGGCACUGCUCAAAGAAGCCUUUACAUGUAUCCACUCGCUUACCUCUUUUGCUUGACUUUAUUUAUGUCACUGGUAGCCUCAUCAUCAACAGCCAUUUGUGCACAUAAGACUAUAAAUAAAAUUAUUAGCUAAGUUU